AUGCGAGUUGAGGUAACUCUUUUUUUGUUGAAAAUUGUGUUAUUUCAGGCCUGAAAUUUAAAAAAAUUCAAAAAAAUUUUCCAGGACGAUCUUCGCUUCUUGUAUUCUCCCGAAAAUUCAUUGUCCAGAGUCGAAUAUCAAGUUCAUAAGGAAUUCAGCGGGGAUUCUUUGAAUAAGUGAGUUUGGAUUGCUCAGGUUAGGUGAAAUUUGAAUUUUUCGUGAAAUUUCGAGCUGAAUGAUAUCAAGAAAUCCUAUUUUCUAGCUUAAUAUGAGCAAUCUUCAUUUUAACAAGUUUAACAUGAGCAAUCCUUUUUUCUAUCCUAAUAUGAGCAAUCCUAAAUCAUUUCUAGCUUAAUAUGAGCAAUCCUAAAUUCUUCUAAGUUCUUCUCCGAGAAUUCGAAAAUUUAAAAAAAUGAGCCUAACAUGAGCAAUGCUCUAAAUUUUCAAAAAUUAAUGGAAAAUCUAAAAAUUCAGAUUUGACAUGAGCAAUCCUAUUUUCUAGCUUAACAUGAGCAAUCCUAUUUUCUAGCUUAACAUGAGCAAUCUUUUGAAUCCAGAAUCCACGUGGAAUCUGAAAAUUAUAGAUUUAAAAUGAGCAAUCCUUAUUUCCAGGUCUAAUAUGAGCAAUACUCAAAUAUUUCUAGUUUUACCUGAGCAAUCCUAUUUCCCAUCUUAAAAUGAGCAAUCUUUUUAAUUUUCAAAUUCAGAAUCCACGUGGGAUUCCCUUGAAUUUCAUGGUUAACAUGAGCAAUCCUAUUUUCAGCUCCAAUAUGAGUAAUCCUAAUUACUGCUCUAAUAUGAGCAAUCUUAAUUUUCAACGCUAAUAUGAGCAAUUUUCAUUUAAACAAGCUUAACAUGAGAAAUCCUACUUUCUAGUUUAAUAUGAGCAAUAAUUAUUUUAACAAGCUUAACCUGAGCAAUCCUAUUUCGCAUCUUAAAAUGAGCAACAAUCUUUCAGCUCGUUCGUCUCAAUCACAGUUCAAUCAAAAUCCUCGGACAAAAACCUGCUGACACCUCAAAUGGCCAAAAAACUGACAGCUCUAAAUAAACAUGUGCUCGAAAAAAUGGACGUUGAGAUUGGCGGGGAGCGCGUGAAUUUUGGCUCGAAAAUCUGCUCGGCAAUGAAGAAUUGCGAGCUCUCCAACACGAUUUUGACAAUAUUUUUGGACACUUUUUGGAGUGAAAAAUUGAGGAAAGAUCCGCGGGUUUCUAUCGAAUACCCCACCAUGAAGUUUUUCGACAACAAAUUUUUCCUGCCCACACAUUUGUAUGGCGUGAAAUUGGGUGGUCCGCUAGGAAUUGAGAAAGUCGAGCUGGUGCAUUUGAUCUAUCAGAUGCCUGACUAUGGAAUCUAUACAUCAGAAGAGGUUUCGAAGAGUUUUGAGGUGGCUUUGCGCGGAGUUUUGGAGCAGGAUCAGGAUUUUGACACGUCCAUGUUUAGUUUAUCGAUUUUGAAGGAUGAGAUGCAGAAAAACGCGACCUAUACAAUGCCUUUCAUUUCGUUGACAGUCCUGUUGCUUUUGUGUUUUACAGUGGGAUCUUGGUGAGUUUUGGGUGCUCCAGAAUGAGCCCGAACACUAUGGGGUUUGCAGAGAGCGCAGAGGGGCUUACACUCGCUCCGCUCGAGCCGCUGACGCGGAAGAUUCCGGGGCGCUUUGCGCGAGGUUGCUAGAGAGUAUAGGGUUUUGAGAGAGGGUAGAGAAACUAGAGGCGGCUAGAGACGCAGAGGGAGUUACACUCGCGCUUCCGCGCUCGAGCCGCUUACGCGGAAGAUUCCGGGGCGCUUCGCGCAAGAUUGCUAGAGAGCAUAGGGAAUUGAAAGAGCGCAGAGAAGCUAGAGGGUUAGAGACGCAGAGGAAAGCUUGCGGCAGACAUGUAAGGUCAAAUAGCUAGAGAACAUUGAAAAGUCAGAGACGCAGAGAAGCUAGACAUCGAGAGAGACGGAGGGAUUUGCACUCGCGCAAAAUUGCUAGAGAGCAUAGGGUUUUGAGAGAGCACAGAGAGGCUAGAUGGUUAGAGACGCAGAGAAGCCAGACUGCUAGAGACGCAGAGGGAAAUACACUCGCUCCGCUCGUGCCGCUUACGCGGAAGAUUCCGGAGCGCUUCGCGCAAGAUUGCUCAGGUUAAAAAAAAUUCUGCCACGUGGAUUCUGAAGUACAGUAAUCCAGACUUAUUCGAAUUUCUCGAAAAAAAAAACGUGGAUUUUUUGGCGCCAAAAUCUACAGUACUCUUUGGAUUUUUUUUUUCUAACCUGAGCAAUCUUGCGCGAAGCGCCCCGGAAUCUUCCGCGUAAGCGGCACGAGUGAAGCGAGUGUAUGUCCCUCUGCGUCUCUAGCUGUCCAGCUUCUCUGCACUCUCUAAACCCCCAUGCUCUCUCGCUGUCUCGCGCGAAGCGAGUGUAUGUCCCUUUAAAUCCACGUGGCAGAAGGAGUACUGUAGGUAGAUCAAACCCCAUAGUGUUUAGGCUCAUUUUGAAGCUCUGAAAAAAUCUGAAACCCGAUUUUGCAGCAUGACCGAUAACUGGGUGACAUCGAAACCAAUCGAAGCAAUGAUCGGAAUUCUCGUCUCCUCAAUGGCUAUUGUUUCGGCAGCCGGCCUACUUUUUGCUCUCGGAGUUCCUUUCAUCAAUCAAGUCACCGUGAUGCCAUUUAUUGCCCUGGCUAUUGGAGUUGAUGAUGUUUAUGUGGGUUUUUUAUUUGGAUUUUUUAGAAGAAGCUGCUGAAAAUCACUGAAAAUUAGUGUUUUCACGAUUUUCAGCACAAAAUUUGAGCCUAGAAACUCUUCAAAAGGUACUGUAGAAAAUUGUGCCAAAAAUUCCGAAAAAAUGGAUCAACUAGUUUAUUGUCGAAAAAAAAUGUUUCUGGGCUCAAAUUUUGAGCUGAAAAUCGUAGAAUCGCUGAAAAUCAUGCUUUUCACGAUUUUCAGCACGAAAUUUGAGUCUAGAACAAUAUUUCAGCACAAAAUUAUGGUUGAUCCAUGUUUUUGGAAUUUUCGGCACAAUUUUCUACAGUACCUUUUGAAGAGUCUCUAGGCUCAAAUUUCGUACUGAAAAUCAUGGAAUAUCUGAAAAUCGCUGAAAAUUAGUGCUUUCAUGAUUUUCAGCACAAAAUUUUAGUCUAGAAAGCCUUUUUCCAGUUGAUCCAUUUUUUUUUUGGAAAUUUCGGCACAAUUUUCUACAGUACCUUUUAAAAAGUUUCUACGCUCAAAUUUUGUGCUGAAUCUCGUAAAAUUGCUGAAAAUAACUGAAAAUUAGUGUUUUCAUGAUUUUCAGCACAAAUUUUCAGUCUAGAAACUCUUCAAAGAGUACUGUAGAAAAUUGUGCCACAAAUUCCAAAAAAAUGGAUCAACCGGAUUACUGUAGAAAAAUAUGUUUUAAGGCCUAAAUUUUGAGCUGAAAAUCAAGAAAUCACUGAUUUUCAGCCAUGAAAAAUUGCAGGUAAUGCUUGGCGCAUGGCAAGACACAAAGAAGACCUAUUCUCCGGAAAAACGGAUGGCUCUAGCGCUCGCGGAAGCCGGUUCCGCAAUCACUGUCACCAGCUUAACUUCAGUGUUAAGCUUCGGAAUCGGAACCUUUUCCUCAACUCCAGCCAUCACCAUAUUCUGCAAGUUUAUUUGUGUUGCAAUCGGUUUCGAUUGGUUCUAUCAACUCACAUUUUUUGCGGCUGUUAUGGCGAUGGGAGCAAAAAGAGAAGCGGCCGGAUAUCAUUGUGUUUUUGUUUGGAAACGAUGUGAGAAGAGUGAGAUUGAGAAGGGAAAAAGUGAAAAAGCCAUUUCACCGACCAGAUAUUUUUUUGAGAAUAUUUUUGCGCCUUUUAUAUGCAAACCGGUGGUGAGGAUUGGAAUGGUGAGUGGAUUUUGAGGGCUUCAAAAUGAGACCAAACACUAUAGGGUUUGAUCUACCGAUUUAAAGGGACAUACAGUAGUACCCCAUGCAUUUUUGGUCUCAAAAAACGUGGAUUUUCUACUGUACUCCUUUUGCCACGUGGAUUCAAAGGGACAUACACUCGCGCUUCCGCGCUCGAGCCGCUACGCGGAAGAUUCCAGGGCGCUUCGCGUGAGAUUGCUAGAGAGCAUAGGUUUUGGAGAGAGUGCAGAGAGGCUAGACGGUUAGAGACGCAGAGAAUAUAGGCGACCAAAGAAGACUAGACGGCUAGAGACCGUUGGACGGCUAGACACGGCUAGAUAGCUAGAGACGCAGAGGGAAACACACUCGCUCCGCUCGUGCCGCUUACGCGGAAGAUUCCGGGGCGCUUUGCGCGAGAUUGCUCAGGUUAAGAGCUUCAGAAUGAGCCUAAACACUAUAGGGUUUGAUCUACCUACAGUACUCCUUUUGCCACGUGGAUUUAAAGGGACAUACACUCGCUUCGCUCGAGAUUGCUAGAGAGAAUAGUAGAUGUUAGAGACGCAGAGAAGCUAGAGACGACCAGAGAAGACUAGACAGUUAGAGACGCAGAGGGAAUUAGGAGUGCUAGAGCGCAGAGAAGGUUAGACAGUUAGAGACAAUGGGAAAAUUAGAGACGCAGAGAAGCUAGACGGCUAGAGAGGUUAGACAGCUAGAGAGCUAGAGACAGUGAGAAAUUUAGAGACGCAGAGAAACUAGACUGCUAGAGAGUACAGAGUUUUGAGAGACGGCAGAGGAUCAGAGAGCUAGAUAGUAUAAUGAUUUGAGAGAGCACAGACGGUUAGGGAUAGGUUAGGGAUAGCUAGAGACAAUGGGGGAAAAUCAAAGACGCAGAGAAGGCAUCAGAGAGCUAGAGACGCAGAGAAACUAGAUAGCUAGAGACAGUUAGAGACACCUAGACGGCUAGAGGUUAUGGGGAAGCUAGAGACGCAGAGUGAUUAGACAGCUAGGGACGCCCUACAGUACCCUAGCCAUGUUUGGUGUCAAAAAAUCCCGAUUUUUUCACAGCUCGCUCUCUACAUUCUCUACAUAGCUGUGUCAUUCUACGGAUGUGCUCAACUCGAGCCAAAUUUGACGCCAUCAACACUAGUCGUCGAUGAUUCACCCCUAAUUCCAUAUUUGCUUUUGGCCGAGAAGAAAAUCUGGGCCGAAGGUCUGAUUGGACGGAUUUAUGUGAAUCGAGCACCGGAUUUCAGGUAGGUGGGGGGCUUUUCCGGGCCUGAAACUGGGCCCCCGGGCUUGUUUAGUAUCAAAAUUUGGCAAAUUUCCAGCCGCCAACCGGAACUCGUCGAAAAAAUGCUGAAAAUGGUCGAGGAAUUGGAAUCAACCCCGUUUUCCAUGGGACCGAAUUCGACGAAUUUUUGGCUAAGGGAUUUCAAUAAUUAUAGACAAUUUUUUGCGCAAGAUGAUGCAAAAUUCUAUGAGACACUCAAAAGCUUUUUGCAGGUGAGAAAAAAAAAAGUUCGCCGCGGGCAAAACUCGAACCCUUGACAUUGCGCGCGGCGCGAGCGCCUUAGACCACUCGCACAUGUGUGCAUUUGGUGGGCGCUGGGUAAAUUGUCGAUAAAUGAUGCGCUCGCGUUUUUUUUCUCAAUCCACGUGGCUUUUGGCGCCACGUGGCUUAUUUGGUGUCAAAAAAUGCGCAAUUUUUUGCAGGUCUCAUUCAACAAUCACUGGGAAACCGAUCUCGUCUGGGGACCAUCGGAGACCGCCUCAAAAACCCCCCGAGUCCAAAAAUUCGUGCUCACAACCGCCUUCAAAAUCCCGAAUUGGAAUGUUCGAACCUCGCUGUUGUUGAAUUGGCGAAAUAUAACCGGAAGAUAUCCCGAAUUUGAGGCGCUCGUAUUCGACGAGAAUAAUUUCUAUAGUGAUCAGAUGCUCGAGCUGCAGAGCACCAUUUUAUCGUCGCUGGGAACCGCGAUCUUGACACUGAUUACUGGUGAGUUUAAUGAGAUUGCUCAGGUUAAGAAGAGCUUCAAAAUGAGCCCAAACACUAUGGGGUUUGAUCUACCUACAGUACUCCUUUUGCCCUUUUUUUUUUUGAAAAAUCCGCAUUUUUUGAAUCCAAAUAAGCCUGGAUUACUGUAUGUCCCUUUAAAAUUGAAAAUUUAAAAAAAAUUAAAUUUAAAAAUUAAAGUUAAAAAACAAAUCAAUUUUAAAUUUAAAAUUUAAAGGCACAUACAGUAAUCCAGGCUUAUUUAGUCUCAAAAAACGUCGAUUUUCUACAGUACUCCUUUUGCCACGUGGAUUUAAAGGCACAUACAGUAGUAAUUCAGGCUUAUUUGGAUUCAAUGUUCCUUUAAAUUUCUGAAGUACUGUAGAAAAUCCACGUUUUUUGAAACCAAAUAAGCCUGGAUUACUGUAUGUGCCUUUAAAUCCACGUGGCAUGAGAAGUACUGUAGGUAGACUCAUUUUGACGCUCUUAAAGACACAUCAGCCACUGGAAAUGAGUCAGAAAUGGUGUUGUUGUUCUUUCAUAACAUGUUCUAAGGAAUCGAAAUACAUAAAAAUAAAGAAAAAAUUUUGAGCCUGGCAAAAGUAAAAAAAAAAAAAUAAUUGUUUUUGAAAACGCUCAGCCGACGGGAAUUUUUUUGACGGUGUUUGCACACACUCCGUGACACUUUUGUGUACCGUAUUCCUUUUAUUUAUUUUUUUUAUUUUUGUUCAAUUUUCCAAUUUUUACUUCGUCUUUUCCCGAUUUUUCAUGUUUUGAACUGUUUUCAUUUCACAAAAGAUGGAGAAAUGCGAUUUUUGUUUAAAACCGACAACAAGCAAUAAAAAAUUUACAUACUCCAAAGAGUUUUAUGCCAUAUUCGCUGCAGGAAUUACCGCCGGAAAGUUGUAUACGCCGGAUAUCAAGCGAUUAUGUAAUCUGAACCGAAUCAAGAUUUUGAUGAUAUCUUCUAAUUCCCUCUAAAAACCAAAAACGUUGAAUUUCAGCCCAAAAUGCAGUGAUCCGGAGUUGAAGAUCGAAUUGGAUGGUUGAAUUCUAGGAAAUUAUGUUGUCGACCUACUUCCAGCAAUUAAUUGACAGACAAUUUUGAAAAAAAUCACCAAAACCUCUCAAAAAUCGUGAAAAGUCCAAUUUCAACACUGAAUUGAUGUAAAACUUCGAAAAAUCUCAGAAACCCCUAAAAAAUCUCAGAAAAAUUAAAUUUCAGCAAGAAUUGUGUGCUCCAGAAUUGAAAAUCAGAUUGGAUGGUCGAAUUCCGUGAACUUGGAUUGUCAACACAGGCAAUAACGGAAGGAUCCAUAAUGUGCACCUUAUGGAUCCAUCACCUCAAGGGGGCUUGAUGGAUCCAUAAUGGAUCCAUUAUGGAUCCUUCCGUUAUUGCCUGUGUCCAUAAUAGAUCCAUACUGGAUCCAUAAUGGAUCCAUUAUGGAUCCAUCAAGCCCCCUCGAGGUGAUGGAUCCAUAAGGUGCACAUUAUGGAUCCUUCCGUUAUUGCCUGUGCAAGAAACUUCCAGCACCAAAUUAAUCAAAAACCUCGAAAAAAUUCGAAAUAAAUCUCCCAAAACCCUCAAAAUAACGAAAAGCUUAAAUUUCAGCCAAAAAUCGUGUGCUCCAGAGUUGAAAAUCAGAUUGCAUGGUCGAAUUCCAUUAACUUGGAUUGUCGAGGAACAGAAUUCAUCGAAAAUGUCAAAAAAAAUUCAGAAAAAUCUGAUUUCAGCCAGAAAUUUGUUGAAAUAACUCGAAAUGUAGAAAUCCAUAAAAAUAAAAUUCUUCUCUGUAAAAUUCUGCUUCGAUUAAUAUAUUGAUCAAUGAAAUUGGUUCAGAAUGAGACGAAAACGAUCAAUCUCAAAAACGCCAAGUCUCAAAUUGAAAAUGUGUGUUUGCAAGUUUGUGUGCAUUUUCCCUUUCACCGCCUAUGCCUCUUCGGUUUCUCAUUUUCAUGACUAUCUAUUCACAGCGAAAUGGGCAGUUUUAGACGGGCUUUCAGAUCAGCACAAGACAUCCUGAUGAAAUUGGCGUUCUGAUUCAUAAACUACAAACAAACGAAAUCCUCGAAAAAAAAACAAUAAAUAUUCUCCGAGAGAAAUACACAGACGUGUGUGCAACAGAGCGCACAUGCUGUUUUGUCAUUUGAAAAAUAUUGCGCGAAAUCUGUUUUUUCCAGUGGCUGAUGUGUCUUUAAGGGUUCGCUGCAAGAAAAUGAUCUUGUCAAGGGAUCGCGCCUUGACAACACUAUUGACAAGCAGCCAACCCUUGAGAAGCCUCUUGUUAAGGUUAGCUGCGAGAAAAUCGUCUUGUCAAGGACUAGCGCCUUGAGAACACUCUUUACAAGCAACCAACCCUCGAGAAACCUCUUGUUAAGGGUUAGCUGCAAGAAAAUGAUCUUGUCAAGGGCUUGCGCCUUGAGAACACUCUUGACAAGCAGCCAACCCUUGAGAAGCCUCUUGUUAAGGGCUCGCACCUAUGGAAAGCUUGUGUCAAGGACUAGCGCCUUGAGAAGCCUCUUGACAAGCAAUCAACCCUUGAGAAACCUCUUGUUAAGGGUUAGCUGCGAGAAAAUGAUCUUGUCAAGGGUUGACUCCUAGAGAACACUCUUGACAAGCAGCCAACCCUUGAGAAGCAUUUUGUUAAGGGUCAGCGCCUAGAGAAGCUAUCCAAAAUGCGUCAGCAAAUUUAGAAGCUACCAGAAAUGCGUCAGCAAAUUUAGAAGCUACCAGAAAUGCGUCAGCAAAUUUAGAAGCUACCAGAAAUGCGUCAGCAAAUUUAGAAUCUACCAAAAAUGCGCAAGCAAAUCCACGUGGCUUUGAGCACACUUUAAAAAUGGAAAAAUACAGGAUUGCUCAUGUUAACCUAGAUCCUUUAAAAAUGGAAAUAUUGAGCUAAAAUUUGACUUUUGCCACGUGGAAUUUUCGAGAAGUACUGUAGGCUUUUUUGUGCCAAAAUUUUGGAAUUUUGGAUUUUUGAGGUUCAGAAUUCGCGAAUUCCAAAAAAUGUGAAUCUAGAAGCCACAAAAUAUGCGUCAGUCAACCUCCCUCCGCAAUUUCCAGGCCUUCUUCACCCCCGAACUUGUGCUAACUCAAGGCGGCGUCGACCCCCUGAUACGUGGAUUAUUUGCCAGCCCUUUGAAACAUCCAAUGCCCAGCCAACUUUUAAAUAUGGAACUUAUCGAGAAACUUUUCAUGAAGGGACAUGAGGUAAGUCCAGAAGCUUCUAAAAAUGCGCCAAGCUACAAAAAACACGUCAAUCUCAGGUCGCCCUGGAUCUGGCUGUCAUGAAUAUUCAAAGAUCUCGCGAUCACGGUCUACCAAGCUACACCGAAUACCGCAAAUUCUGCAAUCUAUCAAUUCCAAGCUCAUUUUCCGACAUGAAACCGUAUAUCAAAGAUGAUUCGGUGCUUCAGAAGCUUCAGGGACUCUACGGAGUACCAGGUAAGUGAUCAGCGCCCCCGAAAACCCCGGAAACCCCGUUGAAAUCUUUGAAAACGCGGCGAAAUUGAAAAAGGGGCGGAGCCUAGCGCACAGAGAAGAUGGGAGAGCGCGCUGCCCGUGAGACGUCGGCUGCAUGAAAUAGGCAUAUAUAAAAGGGAAAUGAGAAAAGGGGGAGAGAUGGAAAAGGGGAGAAAUGAGAGAGCGCGAUGAAUGUUUACCAUCUUUCGGCUGAACUAUGCUGAUGCCAACUUUUAACUAUGCUGAGCGACUUUUAUUUUUUCUGGAAUAAUUUUGCUGAAAUUUUCAGAGAAUAUCGAUUUAUGGGUUGGUGGAAUUGUUGAGGAAAAGCUGGAAAAUGCGCUUUUUGGCGAGACUUUUGCGUGUAUAAUUGGAGAACAAUUCAAAAAAUUGCGAGAUGGCGACAGGUUUUGGUACGAGAAAGAGGGCGUGUUCACCCCGAAUCAACUUCGCGAGAUCAAAAAAGUCACCCUGGCUAGAAUCAUUUGUGAUAAUGGUGAUGAGAUUGAUCGAGUACAACGCGAUGUUUUUGUGUAUCCAGGAGGGACGGAUAAGAAAUUGUAUGAGAAGUGUGAAAUGUUGGAGGCGAUGGAUUUGGGAAAAUGGAACAAGUGUUGUGAUGAUGUGUGUCCGACGAUGUUGGAUCGGAUUUUGAGGAGGUUAGUUAGAUUCUGGGGGAGAUUUGGAGUCGAAUGAUACCGAAUACUGUGGGGGUAGGCCUGGAAAGGGCCUGGGCUUGUUUAGGCCUGGUCUGGGCUCGAAAAAUCUGGAUUUAGGGUCAAAAUUAGGCUCUGGGUAUUCUGGAAUUUGAGGUUUUUAGCUAUGUUCAUUGAAGCCUGAAAUCUAGGCUUUUCAGGCCUCAAAUUCAGGCUUAUCUAGGCCCUGAAAAUCCGGAAUGUUUAGGCUGAAACUGUGCCUAAUUUAGGCCUUAGAUCUAGGCUUACAUGGGCUUAUUUAGACACAAAACAUCCGGAAUGUUUAGGCCUAAAAUCCAGGCUUGUCAGGCCUCAAAUCCAGGCUUACUUAGACUCAAAAAUUUGGGAUUUUCUGGACCACAACUAGGCUUAUUUAGGCUCUAAAAAUCUAAAAUUUCUAGGCCUAAAUCAAGGGUUUUCAGGCCUGAAAUCUGGGCUCAUCUAGUCUCAAAAAAUCCCCAAUUUUCCGGACCAAAACUAGGCUUAUCUGGGCUCUUUUCCUAAAUCCAGGCUCAUUUAGGCUCAGGCCCAAAACCCAGGCUUAUCUAGUCUCAAAAAAUCCCCAAUUUUCAGGACCAAAACUAGGCUUAUCUGGGCUCUUUUCCUAAAUCCAGGCUCAUUUAGGCUCAGGCCCAAAACCCAGGCUUAUCUAGUCUCAAAAAAUCCCAAAUUUAAAUUUCCAGCCGUCACCGCGGUUCUCGCCUUCACGGCUGCAAUUCCAACGGUUUGUGGCGUCCGGAAGGCGCAAAAUGGCUUCCGGAAAACGAGUACUGUACCGAAUGUGUGUGUCAGGGCGGAAGAGUUUGGUGUGCCACCAAAGAGGACUGCUCCGAUACCAGAAGCCCGUUUUGA